GUCACCCUGCGCCGGCUGGAAAUUCCGCAGGAUUCCACACUGGCGCACUUAACAGAUGCUCUUCUGAAUCUGCGGUCCGUUGAAGUGCUGCGGAUAUCUGACCUAAGACUGUCGAGUCGGGGUGCGAGCUUGCUCUUGCAGGCGGUCGCAGAGCUGGCGCCUCGCCUGGUCAGCUUAAAUGGUCUCCCGCUGUCCAGAUUGGUUCAGCUGAAGGAUCAUCCUGAAGGUGGUGCUCCCCUUGAGCUCUCCGACAGCAUCGAAUGGAACGACUUUACGCUGGGGGUUAUGGCACGCCUGGCCUUGUGGUCGGUUGUUGCUUUCGCAGGAGGUGCCGGCGGUGCCGGUCUAGCCGAUCUGAAAUUGGAAGGCCACAGUCUCACAGAUGUGGGUCUGAGGGGCCUUUGUGCCAUGCUGAGACACUUUGCUGGCCAGGGUGCAUCGCGGAGCGGUGGCUUGGUCAACCUCACAAAAAUCGAUCUCUCAGGCAACUUGCAGAUCACGGAUGCUACUGUGGCUGACUUGUGUCACACGCUCAAGACACCGUACCUGAGUGGAGCAUUGCGCGGCGGCCUAUGCGAACUAAAUCUUCGCGGCUGUUUGCGAUUGAAGACUCGGUCAGCUUAUGAGCUCCUCAAUUUCAUGCAGCACAGUCGUGAGGGUGGUGCGACUGGAAGCGGUCUGCGCAUGGUCAACGGUGUCGACAUGGAAGCGCUUCAGGCCAUACCUCGCAGCACGGGUGGUGGCAGUAGCCGGCAAACUGCCCCACCGAUGCUGCUUCGCAACUUUCUUAAUGACAGCUUGCAAGCCUCGGGUGGCAAGGUCACCUCUUUGGCCUCAAUGUCCGAGUGUGACAUACAUUUCUUUGCAGGAGUCAUGCAUCACUUCCAGACCAUUCCAUACUGCCAUGUGCACAUUGUCGUGUCUCCGUAUCUCCUCACCGCAACAUCCGGUUCAUCAGAGUUCUGGGGGAGGCCGGCUCACCAGGCUGGUGCACCCUGCAGUAAUGACAGUCCAUUUCCGCCACCUGUCGAGGGUGGCAAGGUGGCUGCUGUAGCUGCACGACUGCAGGCGCACAUCGACUCUACAUGCAGGCUCUUUGAAGCAUGUCCGAUCUUGGCAGAGCUCCGUGUGUCGAUGGUUCCGUCAGUUCCGGGAUGUGAGGACCUACUCGCUUCAGCGGGUCAUGACGUGCUCAUUACGCCCGCUGGAAACCCCACCGGAAGUGGACAAUCGGCAAUGGACAGCUUCGGCUUCAUGAAGCAGCGCCUGCAGGACAAAGCUGCGAGACGACGAAAAGCCAAGCAAAACCAAGGCCCGCCAGGCGGCAGCACAGGCCCACCCAAAGCGCUCUAUGUGAAUAACAUCAACCGGCAGCGCCUGCACUGCUGCUACAGGACUCUCUACGGCAAAGAUGACGCGGAGCUGACUCACCACGAUGUGAUGCCACCGGAUCAGCUUGCUGCGAUAAGUCUUCCGGGUGAGGUGGACGUGUCAGGUUUCUUUGCAGUUGCGACGUCCGUGGACCUCCAGCAUCUGGACCUCGGACCGGCUCACAUCACCAAGCUCCCUGAGCUGACAGAGUUACCGGCUCUCACUCAUGUAAACCUGAAUCACAAUCAUUUGGGGGAUGCCGGGACCGAGCUUCUGUUCAGAGCGCUCGUGGACACUGGCAGCAGCGUAGAGCAUGUUGCCCUUGUUUCCAACGACAUCGGUGACGAAGGUGCUUCGAUCAUCGCUGCCAGCCUUGGUAAUCUUCCCAGACUCACCAGCAUCGAGCUGUGUGACAACUUCAUACAGGAGCGUGGAAGCAUAGCCAUUGCGGAGGCUAUCGGAGGUGUUGCUCCUCCAGAGGAAGGUGAUGACAUCGAGGCCGUAUCAAACGUGCCAUUGCCGGUGCUUUCCGUGGACUUGCGAGGGAACAGGAGCCGCGAACUCGGAGCGCGGCGCUGGGCGGAGGUGGUCUGCAACCAUCCGGACCUGAAGUUCCUCAAUCUGGCACAGAAUGAACUGGGCCUCCUGACAAAAGAGAUCUUUCUUGAUCUAGUCUGUGCGGCUGUGACGUCUGCCUCGCUGAGCGUUCUUGAUCUUCAGGAUAACUUUCCUGCUGCCGGCCUUGGCAGCUCCGAAAUGGGCCCACCGCCCCCUGAGGUGAGCGAGGACACUUUGCCACUUUCAGAAAUUUCAGGCUUCAGACGUCGCGGAUGGCCUGGGCUGCUCACAGUCACAGCUUCCCUGCAGUUACUGCUCAAGACCUCCAAGGAGAGGCCAUCGAAUGUGGUGAGAGCUCCUAGCGCAAGGUUUCCACGUGGUUUGGACAACUAG